GCGCUGUGCCUUCCGAGUUCCGAUCCAUGUCCUUCAUCGUCAUUUUGACUAUAAACCCUCUCUCCUCUUGUUCUGCUCCUUUCUCUGCAGUAGCACCGGCACAGCACCUCGUUGAGGUAAUGGCGGCAUUGUAAGCAAAGUCAUUGUGGAAGAGAGGAGAAGACGUGCCAUGGCAGAGAUCUUUUUGUUGCCCUUUCUCACUUCCAUCGUCUUCUUCCACUUCCCCGUCUCCGGUUUGACCACCGACGGCCUCGCUCUUCUCGCUCUCAAGGCUGCCGUCUCCGCCGAUCCCUCCGCCGCGCUCUCUUCGUGGUCCGAGUUUGACGCCAACCCCUGCGGCUGGGCAGGCGUGGCCUGCAGCCGGCGCGGCCGCGUCGCCGGCAUCGUCCUCCCUGACCGCGCCCUCAACGGCUACCUUCCUUCCGAGCUCUCACUCCUCUCCGCCCUCCGCAAGCUCGAGCUUCCGGGAAACCGCCUCUCCGGUCCUAUCCCCGCCGCGCUCGGCCACCUCCACGCUCUCGUCGAGCUCGAUCUGUCUAACAAUAACCUCUCCGGCCCGAUCCCGCCCCAGCUCGGCCGGCUCGCUUCUCUUGCCCGCCUCGAUCUCUCCUCUAACCGCCUCGCCGGCCAUCUUCCUCCUGCCAUCGCCGGUAUACCCCAUCUAUCCGGCGUGCUAAAUCUCUCCUUCAACCUUCUUUCCGGCAGCAUUCCGCAGGCGUUCGGCAGCAUUCUGGCGUCUGUCAGCCUGGAUCUCAGCCAGAACAACCUCUCGGGCGAGAUCCCAAGGAUGGGGUCGCUCGUGAGCCAGGGACCGACAGCCUUCGCCGGAAACCCCGGCCUCUGUGGGUUCCCGCUGAAGAAUCCUUGCCCAGCGCCGAAGCAGGAUGCCAAGAUCCCCAAACCUAACCCUAGCCUCAGCCUAAACACUGGCGGCGCCCCCGCCCCCCGUGGCGCCGCCAGAUCGGAGCGGCGAGGGACUACCCUCGGAACGGUUCCUAUCCUCACCGGUAUCGUCGUCGUCGCCAUCUUGUCGAUUGCUUUUCUCCAAUGGCACUUCUGUUGCCGGAGCGCCGUCGCGGACAGCAAGAUGACAAGAAAGAGUGGUGCCAUCGACGAUACAUGUCUUGACGGCUCGGAGGAGCGGCGGCGGAGUGGGCGCGAGGCGGAGGUGUACGCAGUGGUGGAGGAGGGUUUCGGUCUGGAGCUGGAGGAGCUGCUCCGGGCGUCGGCGUACGUGGUGGGGAAAAGUCGGAGCGGGAUCGUGUACAAGGUGGUGGUCGAGCGGGACGGAUCGGCCGUGGCAGUGCGCCGCCUUGGCCUAGCGGAGGGAGCUACCGGCAACGAAUGGCGGCGGCGGCGGCGAACGUUCGAGACGGAGGCGGCCGCCAUCGGCCGCGCGAAGCACCCCAACGUCGUCCGCCUCCUCGCCUACUACCACGCCCCCGACGAGCACCUCCUCGUCUACGACUACAUCCCCAACGGCACCCUUCACGACGCUCUCCACGGCGGGCCGAAGAAUCCGAUGGCUCCGGCGGCACUUUCUUGGGCGACGAGGCUGGCGAUACUGCGAGGGACGGCGAGGGGCCUGGCGUACCUCCACGAGAUGAGCCCCCGGAGGCACGCCCACGGCGGAAUCGCCUCCUCGAAGAUCCUCCUCGACGACGACCACCGGCCGUACAUCUCCGGUUACGGUGUCGCCCGGCUGUUGGCGCCGAAGAAGCAGGCCGCGGUUGGAGAGGCGGCGCAGAAGGCGGACGUAUACGCGUUCGGGCUGGUGGUGCUGGAGGCAGCGACGGGGCGGACGGCGGGGGCGGGGGCGGAGGUGGAGGCGUGGGUGCGGGCGGCGUUCCUGGAGGAGCGGCCGUUGUCGGAGGUGGUAGACCCGGCGCUGCUACAGGAGGUGGAAGCGAAGCAGGAGGUGCUGGCGGUGUUCCACGUGGCGCUCGCGUGCACGGCCAGGGACCCGGACCUGCGGCCCCGCAUUCGGGCAGUGGCCGAUAGCCUCGACCGUGUCGGCGUCAAUGCCGGCUCCGGCGGCGGCGAGUCUGUCAGUCAUCCUGUUUGAUUUAAGUACACGUUGCCAGCUGCAUCCUCAGUAUUAGAGUUUAGUAAUUAAAGCUGGUACUCGUUAUGUUGGAAGGAGAUAAUCUGAAAAUUUUGAGUGUGCUUUCGGAAAAUUUUAGAGUUUAGGAA